AUGGUUAAAACACACAUCACCGUAAUAGCGACAAUACUAGUUGCAUUGCUAGCCUGGGUUGAAUCUCCUGAUUACGAUAAAUCAGUGAUGCACGCAGCAAUCUGGGCUGCCAUCCUGAUGGCGAACACCUUGCCGUAUUUUAGUUAUUUUGCAAUAUGGGGGGCUUUUGUUCAUCAUGCUCUGCAGACCAUUUUGUACGUGCGGUAUGUAUACCGCAAGUGCGCAAUGGAUAGCGUGUGUCUGACCUCAGACUGUAAAAGAAGUAUAGAAGUGUUGACUUUUUCUUCACUACUUACACUACUAUCAUUGAGUUACAGUCUCGAUGUUGUACUCUACGGGAGGGGUCAUGAAGAUAACGGCUAUAUCGUGAAGGAGACUAAGCCAGGUAAAAUAGACUAUCAUGCGCUAUUCAACAAAUCAAUCUUAGCAAUGACAGUUAUAAUGAAGUUACUAUUCCUGAAAUGGGCGAACAACUAA